AUGGCAGGAGCUGCACCACCACCCAAACCGGAAGAGCUUCAGCCACACCCUGUGAAAGAUCAACUUCCAAAUGUUUCAUACUGCAUCACUAGUCCUCCUCCUUGGCCUGAGGCAAUUCUACUUGGUUUCCAACAUUACCUGGUGAUGCUUGGCACAACUGUUCUAAUACCAAGUUCUCUAAUUACUCAGAUGGGAGGAGGAAACGAAGAGAAAGCAAAAAUGAUCCAGACUCUGUUGUUUGUAGCUGGCAUGAACACAUUGUUCCAAACACUGUUUGGAACUCGUCUACCUGUAGUUAUUGGAGGAUCCUACACCUUUGUGCCUACUACCAUUUCAAUCAUUUUGGCUAGUCGCUACAGUGACAUACUGAAUCCUCAAGAGAGAUUUGAGAGGAUAAUGCGUGGGACGCAGGGCGCGCUUAUUGUUGCCUCGACCCUCCAAAUUGUUCUUGGAUUCAGUGGCCUUUGGCGCAAUGUAGUGAGGUUCUUAAGCCCUCUCUCUGCUGUUCCCCUGGUUGCUCUGUCAGGCUUUGGACUUUAUGAGUUGGGCUUUCCUGUGCUUGCAAAAUGUGUGGAGAUUGGGCUGCCAGAAAUUGUAAUCUUACUAGUAUUUUCACAGUACAUUCCUCAUGUGAUGAAAGGAGAAAAGCCUAUCUUUGAUCGAUUUGCAGUUAUAUUCUCAGUGACAAUUGUGUGGAUUUAUGCUCACCUUCUCACUGUGGGUGGAGCAUAUAAACAUGUGCCACAGACAACUCAGGAUACUUGCAGAACUGAUCGUGCUGGCAUUAUAAGUGGUGCACCUUGGAUUAGAAUCCCAUAUCCAUUUCAAUGGGGAGCUCCUACAUUUGAUGCUGGGGAAGCUUUUGCUACGAUGGCUGCUUCAUUUGUUGCACUAGUAGAGUCAACUGGUGCUUUUAUUGCUGUUUCAAGGUAUGCAAGUGCAACUCCAUUGCCACCUUCGGUUCUGAGCCGUGGUGUUGGUUGGCAGGGGGUAGGAAUUUUGUUAGCUGGCAUCUUUGGAACAGGGAAUGGAUCAUCAGUUUCUGUAGAAAAUGCUGGACUGUUAGCUUUGACAAGAGUUGGUAGCCGAAGGGUUGUUCAAAUUUCAGCAGGAUUCAUGAUUUUUUUCUCCAUACUUGGAAAAUUUGGAGCUGUGUUUGCUUCAAUCCCAGCACCAAUAGUCGCAGCUUUAUAUUGCCUUUUCUUUGCUUAUGUGGGUUCUGCAGGCCUCAGUUUCCUUCAGUUUUGCAAUUUAAACAGCUUCAGAACUAAAUUCAUCUUGGGAUUUUCUAUUUUCAUGGGCCUCUCUAUACCACAAUACUUCGACGAGUAUACAGCAUUUAAGAACUAUGGUCCAGUGCACACCCAUGCCAGAUGGUUCAACGACAUGAUCAAUGUCCCAUUUUCAUCAAAAGCAUUUGUUGCUGGUUCAUUGGCACUGUUCUUGGAUGUCACAUUGCACAACAAAGACAACCAAACUCGUAAAGACAGAGGCAUGCAUUGGUGGGACAGAUUCAGUUCAUUCAAGACAGAUACAAGGAGUGAGGAGUUUUACUCACUUCCUUUCAAUCUAAACAAGUUCUUCCCCUCUGUGUGA